CAACUGUAUAUGUUCUAGAGCCAGAAAUUGUUAUCCAAGACAUAAAAUCAGACAUAAUGUCAUUUUCACCAACUCCGCAGUAUUUUGGUUAUGGUAAAGUCCGAUUAUCUUGCAAUGGGGAAGGAAACAACUUAACACGUGUUUAUUGGAACAGUACAGACGACAACGGCAACAGUAUCAUUUUCAAUACAACUAGCUUGGAUCAUUAUAGUGGUGGACUAUGGCAAGCUAAAUUGGCGUUUAAACCAAACCCUGUAAAUGUAUCGUAUACCUACAAAUGUAUUGCCGAAAACAAAUGCUGUCCAACUAAAAUAUCUGAUCCGCUAAAAAUUUCUUAUAAUCCAGCAUUCGGUAAGUUUCUCCAUACCAAGAUAAUAAAAGUUUUGUUUUAUUGUAUAACCUAAAUAUACUCUACAUUGCUUUACUUUAGCUUUUCUAGCCAGCUUUCUUUACGCAUUUUUCCUCUUGCGACAGAUAAAAAUAAACCAAGACAUUUUAAGAAAUCAUCAACGGAUGACAUUCACGGAAAAUGUUAUAUAGGUGUUUUGAAAUUUUGGAAAAAAAUUUUUGGGGACUUGUCGGGCAAAAUCCGGAAAACUUGGGCAAAUUUCUUGCCGCCCCCCUAAAUUUUUCCUUUCGGUACGCCCAUGGUUCCAGCCUUUCAUCAUAAUUAUCAGACGAGGCAAAUAUCUGCGUAUAAACCCGGAGUUGUAAAUUUUAAAUAUUGCGCCAAAUAAUUAAUAUAUAAUAAAAACAUCAAAUGACCAAGAAUGGACCCCCGCGGCACACCACUUUCUAUAGAUUUCCAAGAGGAUAUAUGGUCAUUUACACAGCAAACUUGCUGACGAUCAGUCAAGUAAGAGGUAAACCAAUUCAAUUCAUUUUCACGAAUACCAAACUGGUCUUUCAUUUUUGACAUUAAGUUUUUUUUCAUCACGUUUUUUAUCAUGACAUUAAGUUUUUUUUCAUCACGUUUUGGGCUUUGCUCGGGGACAACCUAAAUUGAAAUAGCUGUAUGUAGCCUAUACGUAUAUGUAUACCUGUAUUUGGAUGCAUAUAUAUUAGAGGUGAGCAUCAGAUCGGAUUGAACGUUUCUAAUCCGACAAUCGCCUAAUGUUUAAAAUCCGAACCGAUCCGAAAUUGUCUAGUCCGAAUCCGAUCCGAGUUUUAAAAAAGAAUUUCAGUACGAUCCAAUCCGAAGAAUUCUUUAAUAAAAUAAAUUUCUCAUUCAAGUUGAAAUAUUUAACCAAAUAAAUAUUAAAGCAAGAAAUACAUGUCAAGAAGCUGACAACGUGAUGUCCAAUUGAAGUAUCAAACGAAUAAUGCUGCGACAACCGCGAUGAUGCUUUGAUAGCUGCAUGGAUAAUUAAUUGUUGCGAUAUUGCGUGGAUAAUUAAUUCAUUUUAUUUCGGAUGUCGAAGUCCGAUCCGAUCCGACUACGAAAUAACUUUAUCAAUCCGAUCCGAUUCCAAAUGAAUAUUUUGGUACGUUCCAAAAUCCGAACGAAUCCGAUCGGUUCGGAUCCGGAUUGGUUUCGGAUCGGAUUUGAACACCUCUAAUAUGUAUAUAUGCAUAUAUCAGUGUGUGUAUGUGUGUGUGUGUGUGUGUGUUUCUAAAUAAAUGACUUAAAUAUAUGACAAAAUAGUUUGGUUUGUAUUUGAACAAAAUGAUAGUUUAAAUGAUAGUGUGGUUUGAGUUUCCAAAAUGUCAUUUUUAUUCUGCUUUGCAGUUUGCAGUGAAUCUGGUACCUUUGGUGUUUCGAAAGAACUAUACGAGAUAAUCACUAUUCCAAGUAAACGUUCAGUUAAAAUUUCUUGGAAGUACGAUUCUGAUCCUGAAGACACAGGUUUGGUAAUAUCAGGUAUAUCUCAAGACAAAACAUUCAACAUCACUGUACAGGAAUACGUCUUUCAUGACUUAGGUAAUUAUAUUUUAUAUAUUGCAUAUCUUUCAGCUAUUAGCCAGCUAACAGGGCAACCACGCUCGAUCUAUAUUUAGCUGAACUACAGUUAAUGCGUUAAUUAACUGCUAUAUAUAGUAGAGUGAAUAAGCCAACCAGAACCAACAAUUAAGAAUAUUGUCUGACACAUAGCAUACACUGCGAUUCUGAAGCUCACUUGCUAAACCAACGCCUGUUGCGAGCUUAUUGCAGGCCCAUAUAUUAAUGUCCAGCGUACUUCGUUGUACGCAUGCGCUUUAUGUGCCUUUUAUUGUUUCAUGGCGGCCCAGUGCACUUCCCCUUUGGGAAAUAAACUAGAAAUUUGUACUUCCUUAAGCAACUAGAAGAUUUCUACCUAAAUGAAGUACGAUUUCUUGAGAGGGAGUUAUCCGAGAGUUAAAAGACGGCAAUCUUUUCCGUGCGACUUCAGAGAGUCCGCAGCAGGAAGUAAUUUCUUUGGAAGUUUCCAGACUUGUGUUCUUGACGUCACUGGCUUACAGUAUCUCGGACAACGAAGUACUGGAGAAAUUUCCGCUUUAUAUUUGUGAAGUGCAAACUCUGCGUCGCUUAUGUAACAUUUUUGGAAAGGGUAAUUAGGUAAGGAGAUUCAAUUCUUUGGAUUUUACGUUUAUUAUUCCAUUUUAUCCUGUCGUAGAGAAUUUUGUUUAUGAAUUACCUCAGUGUACCUCAAUUGAAAUCUCAAUGGGCCAGCUUGUUCUUUCUAUUGAACAUAAAGGGAACAAUAUGAAAUGUUUGAUACCUUAUGGUGGGUCAAAUCUGGGUGAAGAUGAUAUACCUUACCAGAUAGCUUUUCUCUUCGCACUAUUGAAGUUGAUGGUGAUACAUUACAACACCCUCAAUACAAAGGGUCAGGCACAUUAA